UGGUUGGGGGGUCUGGGCUCUGGGUACUAGGGGGUGUCUGGGGGCUGCUGCUAACCAUGAUCCUUCUCUCUGGUCAACUUGUGGCAGAGUCCUGGCUCCAAGCACUGCCCGGCAUUCCCCAGUCACGUGCCGUCACUGUGAUAACUUUCUGUCCACUUAUCAAACACUGCUGCAGAAUGACGUCCAUGUUUUGCUCCAGCUCAUCCCAGCCUGGCGUGGGACAGGGAAGAGAAAUGGCUGCAGUGGAGUCAGUCCAGGUAGAGAUUAUCGGGGGGUUGCUGGUGGGUUCCUACUGGAGGAAAGGGAGAGCAAAUACACCAGAGGGGCCGGUGACCUUUGAGGAGGUGGCUGUGUAUUUCACCAGGGAAGAGUGGGCUCUGCUGGACCCCGCUCAGAGAGCCCUCUACUGGGAUGUCAUGCAGGAGAACUAUGAGACGGUGGUCUUGCUGGCAUCACCCCAAUAGGCCAGUGACACACAUACUACCGGAGACCCUCCUCUGCUGCAGAACACUUUGGGAACAGAGCACAGGAGCAGUAUCAUACAAUGUCAAAUAUCUCCUCUUUACUCAAGUAAAACUGGGGGUUAG